CAGACUUUUUUUGUUCUACAACACUGUAGCUAAGCACCCCUGAUCAUACUGGCAGCAAAAGGUAUCACUUCAAUUUGGUCAUUUCCCCAGUUUUGGGGUGCCCAGGUGAGUUUUGGGGUGCUGAACUUGAGCUAAGCAUUUACAGCUUGUUCAAUUGGAACAGCCCCUGUGAAAUGUUUGUCAAGCACAAUGCAAGGUUAAAAUGCAGGGGAACAGCGACAAAAGCUUCAAACAAAGCUUUCUGCACCAAACCCACCUCCACCUGGGGGUGGCACUUCUCCCAUGCUGCCAGCCCAGACUGUGCUCCCCAUCUCCUUUCCCCGUGUGCAGCCCCAGAACAGUCACAGACUCACAGAAUGAACAAGGUUGGAAGAGACCUUCAAGAUCAUCAAAUCCAACCCAGCCCCAACACCUCAACUAAACCCUGGCACUUAGUGCCACGUCCACUCUUUUCUUAAACACAUCCAGGGAUGGUGACUCCACCACCUCCCUGGGCAGACCAUUCCAGAACUUUAUCACCCUUUCUGUAAAAAACUUCUUCCUAAUAUCCAAUCUAUAUUUCUCUUGGCACAGUUUGAGACUGUGUCCUCUGGUUCUGUCAGUUGCUGCCUGGAGAAAGAGAUCAACCCCACCUGAGCACAGCCACCUUUCAGGCGAUUGUAGAGGGUGAUAAGGUCACCCCUGAGUCUCCUUUUCUCCAGGCUGAACACCCCCAGCUCCCUCAGUAGUUCCUCACAGGAAUGUGUUCCAAGCCUCUCACCAGCCUUGUUGCCCUCCCGAGCAUCUGAAGGUCCUUCCCAAUCUGAGGCCCCAGAGCAGUCCUUGCUAACAGGCUGAUAGUGUGUUCAGAGAAACUGAGACACGCUCAGAUUCUAUCACAAGUAGCUGGAAAAUCUGCCCCCAAACAGGAAGUUACUGGUCAUGUUGUGAAUGAACUUUUACUUCACUAAAAACACUAAAUCAGAGAAAGCAGCUGCUGUGAACAUAAUACUUUACUUUCCUAUGUGUAGGCUUGCUAAAAGGUGCCCUAUGAAAAAGCCUUAUUUUGAGAACUAUUAUGACCAGAGCUGACAUUUGAUUGCAAUGGUUCUUUCUGCCCCAUGACUUUACACAUUUGCAUCAAGUAAAACAAAAGAUGUCAACACCACAUAUCUAUUACUGGAUUUAAAUGUUUAUGUUCCAAUUUCAACAAUAUAAACACACCCUUGGAGUCAUUUUCCCACAUUUUAAGACAGGGCACAGAAGCAAUCUGGGAUUCAAACACAAACUCAAAACCUACCAAGAUCCUAAGCAGCGUGUGGAUAGUACCACAAUCUUAAUAUUACACUUUAGGAGUUACUUACCUGCAGCUUCCCACAGCUAAGCUUAGAUAUUUAGCACAAUAAAACAUUACUGGAAAAAAAAAUUGUGCUCUUCAGUGUCCUCAAAUGGCUGCGCUCACCUAGAGUCAACAUCAUUAACCUAUUUUUCUCAGUACAAUAUUCUGAAGUCAGCAUUUCCAAAAUUUGCAGUAAUAGCAUUCCUCUCACACCAGUCACAGCAGCUCUGACAAAAACUGCCUGCUGGACUACCUUCUCUUUGGCUGCAGGAUGUCCAAGUUUCAUAUGCAGCAUCAUAAUCAAAUACCCCCCAUAAAAAUGCAGAGGGUUUGGUGCUGUUAUGUGCCAUUUAUCACCCUGUCCUGAAGUUCUUUCUGCCUCCAGCUUUCCCUGGGAGAUCCAUUCCAACACAUACUUUUCAUUGCAGAACUCUCAUUCCAGAAGUCUGUUCUAAUUAAAAUAUUCUUUCAUUUACAGUUAGGAAGAAGCACUCAAAUUAGACCAAAACAUUUAUUAUUCCCCCUUCUUGAAGAAAUUUCCACUGAGUGUAACUGAGUAACUACAAACGGCCUAAAUUUUCCCUCCCUGGGUACAGAUGUAAACAGAUGAAAACAUUAAAGUAUUUUGCAGGUAUCACUACUACAGAGCACAAAAUCACACUACUGUACAUGUCAGCAGAAAGGCAGGCAGCCACCUGAACCCAAAAUUCUGUAUUUCUUCAAUUAAGCCUUUAUACUUAUCCUAUAGAUUCCAAAAUUAAAGAAAACAAAACCCAACCUAAUAAUCCCCCAAACACAACAAAUUAAAGCCUUCUGGUUUAUACCCAGAGAACAAACAGACAACAUACAUUAAAGUUUCAGUUGUCUCCAUUUCAGCAUGCACUAAAAGCCAGGCUCUUUGCCAAAAGCAAUACAGCCUAUGGACAUGGCUGAUUUCCCUCAAAAAGCAACCACACAGGGGAAACAAACAACAGAAUCACAAUAUUAAUCAUCACCUAACAAAGCCACCUGGGACAGAAGAGCAUCCCAGUCACACGACACAGAUUCAUAUAUUGAGGACAAACAAUUGAAUAAUAUAUACUGUAUUUGCAUCACAGCAGCAAAGCUUCCUACUUCUGUUCUUCCUGAGAAAUGGAGAUGUUUAAAGAAGUGCCUUCAAGGUUUUUAGUGCCAGCAUGGCUUCAGCAGGAUCUGUGUAUUGUUGCUGUAAUACCAUACACCGAAGAGAUUGUGCAAAUGGCUGCUGGUGUUGGUGUCCUGAAGAAACACAUCACUCAUACUGCCCUGCUGGAGCAUAUAAAAGCUGAUGAUGUUACAUGCCCAUAUCAAAAACUAACUGUAGUGGCAAUAAAUCAUGCAUUAAGUUAAAAUACAGGAAGGCUUCUGGCUGUAUCACAAAAGAGGAAUUUUUCCAUUUGGCCUUCUGCCUCUACUUUCAGCUUCCUUUGGCAUUAUAUCUAAAUUCCCCAUUAUUCUUCUUUCUUUAGUAUAGAAGAUUAAAUUAAGCCCUUCUCAAAGCACUAAGAUGACAGCAUUCAACUUUAAUUUUUUCAUUUUACACACAAUCCAUAUACUAGAUAGACUAUCUCCAAGCUUCUAGCAUUGCAUAUUGCAUUAGGAGAACUGGUUUAUCACAGACUGUUCUCAGCUGUGUUUUUGGUAGUGCAUUCUCCUAAAUAAAGGUCAACUGGCGAAAUCUCACGUAGUUUGGGGCCAGCCUAUUCAAAGAUGAGGAUAAGGGCUCUACAAAAUCAACAGAUUUUAGCAUCUUCCUGUUACACUGUAACUUUUAUACAGGCUUCAUCCAUUGCUGCAAAAAAAAAUAACCCCUGACAAAUGAGCAGACUCCAAAACGCAUGACAAAACAGGUUCUGUAAGUUUUCAAACAGCUGUGCCCUCUCGCUCUGUACACACACACACACACACAGUCACCUUUAAGAAGCUCCCACUGUGAACAGCCACUGGAGAUGACAGACUGCCAGUCAGCACAUUCACAGGUGAGGUUCACUACAACCAUUAUUUCUGCUCCUCACAUGUUAGCAACCAUCAGUCAUCCAUGAUGAUCCUGGGGAUUUCACAGUUUAUCUGAAGGAAAUCUGCCAUGAGCAGCAAGACCUCCUCAGCUCUCCUUCAGCCCUCACAUCUGUCCUGCUACUCCAAAUAGCUGUUUCACCUUUGAGAAGUCUAAUGUCAGUCAUAAAAAAAUAACUAAGUUCUUUUUUUUUUUUCCUACAGCAAUGUGCUGCAAAGUAAAAUCCCCUCAGUUCAGAAAACUGAACAUUAAAGUGGCAGGAAAUAAAAAUGAGUAAACCACUAAGAGCAGACAAUGCUUUGGAAUACAGUUAGGCUUGCAAUGCCAAGACUUCAAUGAGAAAAAAAAAAAAAAAAACAACACAAAGUGUAACAAGAUUCCUCUGUUAUGACACCCUGGAACUUUCUGUACGUGCUUAGGAUGGCUUUACCAGUCACAAACAGAUUCAAUUUCAUAGAGACUCUUCCAAUAACUUCCUUGUCUUAGUCAGGUCGUGCUCUACUUUUACGAGAAAAACACCAAAACAAAACAGCAGCAUCUCCUUUGGAGCAAGGGCAGCAGAGUAAUCUUACAUGUAGCUCAACGGGCUGAUAAUAAGUACACAGACCGGAGACCUCACACUUUUCUAUUUAUUCCUGUGCUUCCAAAAAGACAUUUUGAAAAAGUAAGAAAAAAAAAACAACUAAUCAAGAGCUAAUGCCAGACUACAUAUUUCUUCCUUAUUUCACAGGUUCUGCAUUGGCAUAUUCUUGGGGGAAUUAAUAUGUGCCUAUUCUGGGGGAAGAGCAGAAAUCCCUAUCUCCUCCAACAGACACUUCUGUCACCGACUAGUGCUUAGUUGGAAGAAACAUCUGAAGGCACUACCACUAUGAAAGCUGCUCUAAGAAAAACCCCAAGUUACUAUCACCCUCAGAUCUCAGUCGGCUGGGAUCAGGUAUUUCCAGGUAGCACAUUUUCCACUGGAGAUGAUGGAGAUGCCUCAGGUUUCACACUUUCCUUAGCUCAGGGCAGCUUCUCAGAACCACUGCUCACUUCCUUCCCAGGCCACAGCACUGCCACCCAGCCCAAGCUGCUGCAGCUCCUGCAGGCACCUCAUGGCUGCCUCAGCAUUGCUCUGAGAACAGAAAUUCUGCACGGAGUCAUCAGCCACACGGGAGCCAGGGCUGCUCUGAGCAGGCUGCUGCAUCUAUUCCCACAUGGUGGACAUUCCACAAGGCUCAGGAGAUUGUGUGCAUUAUCCUGUGCAUACACACAUCCAAUUUUACUCUGGCCCUGGUCCCAACCAACCUGCCAGGGAGAGGAGAACAGGGAUUCCAGAGAGCUGCUCUAAGCUAUCUUGCUGCACCCAGCAUUUCCCACUUUACUGACAUAUCUCCUCGCUCACUCCCUUCCUCCCAUGCACCUCAGAGAAGUGACAUUUAAUUACAUGGAAUAAACAACCUCUUGUCAUUAGGCAAACACAGCAUACGAGUACAGAUUGUGGCACAUUGUGAGGAAAAAUAGAAAAAGAAAAAAGGAAAGAAAAUGGCAAAUGUAAAUUUUUCACAGUAGGGAAACCUUUUCCUUAUGAAGUGACCUAGAUUCUCAAACAAAGGGAUUCCCUUUCUGCACUGUAUCCAGGCCUUAUUAAAUAAAGAAUGAAUUUUUAUUCUAUUUAUUACUUUGCUUGUUACCUAGAAAUACAAUAGAAGGGCUUUUGAUAUUUGGCAAAAUAAAGAACACCAUGGCAAAGACUAACAUGGAGAUCCAAAGGUGUGAGGGAAAGAAACUUUAAAAUUAAAAAAAAAACCAGAAAAAAGUGGGUCAGAUUUGGUCUCAUCCACAGUUCAAUCUUUUGAUGUGCAAAGUAAACCAUAAUACUUACACACUGAUAAAACAAGCAUGCAUUAACCAAAACUUACAGGAAAAGCAUUUGUAGAAGUCUGAAUGUUUGAUUACACAAAUCCUCAAAAGGAGAAGACUUCAAAGAAUCUACAACAUGCAUCAUCCAAGGUCAUGAGAUUUGGAGGGCUUUUUAAGAGGAUGACAGGUUUUGGUAUGUUUUUAAGAAGCAGGGUGGGUUUUUUCAGAUUACAAAUGCUCUCUAUGAAUUUACUUUAGCAAGACAGAUCAGCAAUAGAACUCUUUGAAGAUGCUGAUUAUGAAUUGCGAGAUUAUAUACCUAACAGAAGAAUAUAAUUGUGAAUUUUAGGCCCAAUUUUAUGAAUUCAGCAUUAUUAUAUUAAAAACAACCAGUAUUUUUCUUUUACAGACACACCUUCCUACAGAAUGCAUUGAUUAUUCUUAAUAUUGCAUCUUGAGGACAAGAAGCAAGGAGCUGUCUCUGAUUUCUUCUGCUGCUAGAAGCCACUAAAUUAGAAAAACUAAACCACCUGGAAUUUCAGUUUGAAAUAUAGCUUAAGAUAGCAGAAAAUAAUAAAAUUCUCUAGUUCUCAAUCAAUUUUCUCUGUCAAUUUACAUUAUACAAACCAGACCCUGAGGAUUUCCUCUAAAUCAAGUAUUUGAGGACUAGGAGUGCUGGUUACUGACUCUACAUUAGUAAUGUAUGCGAAAAAAAAUCCUCAAGCUCAUGAAAUUAAUCUAGAGUCUUACACAGAUUACAGAAGGAAUUAUGAACACAGUUAUUCAGACAAAAUCCAUUAUUUCCACAGCAGAGCUUCCUUUUCCUUGGAAGCCACUCAAGCAAUGGUAUCAUUUAAGUUUAAUGUGAAUUUUAGAAGUGGAAAGUCUGCAGCUUAAUCUCCACUGAUUGGGAACUACAGCAAAUCGAGGGAAACAUGAAGAUGGAACAGCAUUCAGUAAAAUGGGGAGUACCUGAGACACAUCCCCAGCUGGCCAGGCUGAAGCAGUUCAGUCAGACUGGGUGAUGUUCAAAGUGUUUGGCAAAAUUUCAAGUCUCUCCAACAUGUCAAAAAAAGAGCAGUAGGGAAUUUCUCUUAAAAGGAGAUUUAUUCUCCAUUUUAUGAUCCAGGUUUUCUGUUGGCUAUGAACAAAUAUUGCUGAAAUUUUUUACACAAAUAGGACCUCUUGAGUCACUGGGAAAGGAUUUUUUUUCCACAGAUUUUGUUGGUUUUCCUAGUUUAAGCAUCUGUGUUUGAAGGAAAGGAUUCAGGCAUUUAAGGCACUUGCUAAAUCUCUGUUAUUUCUGCUGUAAACCUUUCAUGUCCCCCAGAAUUAGCUGUAAAUGAGGCUAUCUCCAGGAUGGAGCUGUAGGAAUUAACAUACUAAAGCUACUGAGGAAAUGUGACAGAUGGAAAGAGUCAGUGCAGGUCUCAACCCCAAGUCACAGGAAAUUCUGACAGCUCUGAAAGUCCAGUUCUUCAAUUUCACAUUAUUUAACAUUCACUAAACAAAUGCCUCACCAAUUGCAGUACUAAAAAUUUUGGAGGCAAACAAAAUGUCUCCAUAUUCCUGUACAAACCAUAUUUAUGGGGAAAAAAAACUCAGUGAGAGGAUGAACAGUUGGAGUUGCUAAUCUCUUAAUUGGUCCCACACGAAAGAAAAACAAAGUCUAAGUAACUCCUCCAGCAUGGAAGAGUGCUAGGCAGGACAGGAUGGCUGCAUCAUUUGCUCAGCCUGAUGAGCCAAGACUCCCUAAGUUAUUGGGAGAGAAGUGUGGGAUGCCUCAAGAGCCUGAAGACAGCCUGAUGGAAAAGGGGCAGAAAAUGCCUGGACAGGUGGCAGCAACUGGAACAAGACAUUUGCCUUCCUCAGCAUAAAAGCCAGUGCCUAUUAUCUCCAACAGGAUGCCAUCUUCCUUCAUUCCAUCUUCCAAGCUUUGAAAUUGGAUAUUUAGUACCAGCUCUUCCACAAGAGUCCCCCCUUCUGUAAGCACUGGAGUUUUUAUUUCUAAUUCUCAUGCUGGGGUGGGUGUUAGGGGUACCUUGAUCAUACAGUGCAGGCAGGAGGAUGAAACAACCCAUGAGGUAAGGGGGGACACACCAGCCCAUUUCCCACUGUAAGCUGCCUGUGAAUUUUGGUACUUCAGCUGCUUGGCCUCCUCUCCCCUGCUGUGCUGAAUCAAAGCUUCCUAAAAUCCCUGCUCUUCUCAGAAUGCAAAAGCAACACUUGUGACAGGCAGAAAAUAUUACUGCUGGCACUGGCUUGUCAGUUCAUCAGGGGAGAACACGCAACCAAAAAUCCUGCACAAGACAAAUGAAAUUAUGUUGUCCAACCUCUGGAAGAAUAAAAUCUGCAUUUAGCACUUGAGAUCAGCAAUAAUUGCAUGCAACGCCUGGGGGAAGAUACGAAAAAUCAGAAUACAGAAGAAAGAUAAUAUAUGGUAAAGCAAACAACACAAUAUUGAAGAAAUAAACACACCUGGAAAUAGUCCAAUAUACAUUUGUGUAAUACACAAAACCUGAACUGAAUCAAAGCACACCAAAACUUUAAAUUUUGUAUUUUGGUUUUUUGAGUGAAUUUUGAAUCACUCCAUACCUGUGAUCCUCUAAGGAGGCUGUGACAAGAGAACAGAAUGAAUUCUAGCUGGACACCUAGAACAUCAGUUCACUUAAUAAAAAAAUACAAGCUUUAAAAUUACAGAACAUGUCCCUGAAAUGUUUUCCAAGAAACAGCCUUCUGACUUGAAAACAUCACUUGGACUUUGUCCCCUCUCACAACCUUGUGAAGUUGGGGAUAUGUUUAUAUUACUUAUGGACUAAAACAUAAAAAUCAACUGCAUAAAACCUGAUCCAUGUUUCGUAUUAACUGGGGACUUUUUCUAGUUCUAUAGAUUAAUCUAUAUUGUUGCAUUCAGGUUCCAAAGUUAUGACACUCAGUAGUUAAUGAAAUCACCAUGUUCAUGGCUUGGGUGUUAUUAGAACAGAGAGCAAAAUCUUGACCAUUUAUAAAAAAUGCACCAAGUGUUAAAACGGGGUUUCACUACCAGCUAAGCAAUGGUGAAAAUCUACUAAGCAAAAUAAGGCAGGCAAUACUGACACUUGUGGUCAUUUCUAGAUUGCUAUUUUUCCUUCUCUUACAAACAUGCCUGGCAUAGCUAAGAGACAUGUUGGGAUCUCAAAGUAGCCAAGCAAAUUCCAAGUAUUUGCCAACCCUGUCUCCACUUUAGAUAGACCUCCUGGGGAAGUAUUAUUUUUGAAGAAAAGAGCAGAAUGGCCACUAGCCAUAUACAUAAUAAUUCUCAACAUGGAAAAUUAAAACUAAGCAUUUUUGACACUCUGUAUUAACACAUUUCCAGAAGGUAAAAAUAAGCUUAAAAACAAGAAAUCAACCUUGAAAAUGUUGCCAUUAAUCAUUCUGAACUGUCCCUGGAAAGGUUUUCAGCACAUUACAGUUGAUAUAAUACUCCAUUUUACUAUGAUAAAAUGAACUUUGCGAAGUAUUCCUGGAGUAUCCAGAAUGCACAAUCCAUAUGGGAACAGUGAUAGGUCACCCAUGGCCUAAGUAUUGCAACUCUCAGGGGGCUUGUGCCACCAGACAGAAGUUGCCGAGCAGUUCAUGCCUGACUACUGCAAUUAAUCCAAAUCAGUCUGAGGAAUUUCUGCUAAUGUUAUCAAGACAGAACUUUACUGAAUGGCUCAACCCAGGAGUUUAUUAUAAAACCAGUUAGACAAAGCUCUGCUGACACCCUCUAAAAACAACACAUAAAUAGUUUUUAAAGUUUUUUGAAGAGAAUAUUCCAAACCACCACAAAUUUGUUUUGCAUUGGUACGUUUUGCUCAGUUCCAAGUGGUCAGGUGCACAGGGAAUUGUGAGCAGCCCUCUCCUCUCCUCUCCCUCCUGGGCUGUGUGCAGGACUCGCUGAGCACUCCAGUUCCUGGUCACAGUCACUCUGCUGCUCCUCACCCAGGCUGUACAUCUUCACUUACUCCUUGGAGCCUUAAUAGGUGGCAGCCUUUCAAGCACUAACACUGCAGCUUCUAAUUUGGGAUGUAACCAUAGUAACAUUACAGAACACACUACUCCCUGCAUGGAGAACAAGCAGUCAACUGACCCUUCGUGCUGAGACUGGGCUGAAAUAAAGCUCAUUCCAGCCUCCAGCCCAGCAAGAUUACCCAAACCUGCAGCUCCUAUUCCCAGCCCAAAGCAAGACCUGCCCUCCUGAAAUACCCACAAAUGCACAGUAUCCUAGGAAAGUAGCAAAGAACAAAGUGCUAUAAAACAAAAGGCAAUUCUUCCCAAAACUUUGACCCUAAAGCUGAAUCACUCACUCCCAGAUGGAAAGCAGUACGAAAGUUUUUUCUUACUUUUUUGUAAGAUGAGCCAAGAACUGCUCAUACUUUAUUUGAAAAAAAAAAAAUAGAGAAAGAACGAAAGAAAUUGGUCAUUAAUAUUUAAGAAUUCAAUACUCAAUUUGUUCACAAGGCAAGAUGACAAUUUUUACACAUACCAACAGACAACAGCUCUGCCUGAACUUUACAGGCUACACACAAGGGAUACGGCCAUUUAAUUAAAAGCCAGAGGUGAUGUCUGUUCCCCUCUAAAUUUACUUUAAAAAGGAUUCUCUUUAGAAAAACAGCCCUUGGGAUUUUCAUACCUUUAAUAUUUACUCAUGAGCAUUUAUAGAAAAAUAAAAACAGCUCUCCUCCUUCCAACAGGUCCCAAGCUUUAGGAACCAGGUACAGUUAAGCAGUAGCAAAUAAAUUAAGUUGAAACAGCGCAGAUUUUAAUAACCAUUCUGUUGAGAUCUGAACUUGUUUCCCAAAUACUAGGUUACAUGUCUUGUCUGAAAAUUCAAAACUCAGAGGCAGAUUUACGUGUUUGUUUUUGACAAAAGCAUUCCUUCCUUCUGCCUGGAUGCACUGACCACAUGAAUAGCCCACCUGGUUUCCUACCCAGAGCCCAGAGUGCAGCACACUGGGAGGACUCCUGGCCACGCUCUCACAUGUUUGUGAGAGAGCAGCAGACUACACCAAAUUCUGGAUAUUAUACAGGGCAGGCAUAAGAAAGCUUUGUGUGUCUAGGUGGGAAAUUGAGUCGUGUGGGCACAUGUGGAACAUCUCAAUGCACUGGUUCUCAAUUAUUCAUAAAGGUCCCAGAUCAGUAAGUGGUGCUGGACACAGGCCAUCUUCUCACACUCUACCCCCACACUGACCCCUUCCCCCCAUUUUUUAAACACUGAUUUGUUUAGACUGGAGGAGAUACAAAGUCUUUACUGAUAUGCACUUAAUAUUUAUAAUUACUAUUUAGGAAAUAUGCUCAUGAUCCUAAAAUGUCCUCAGAUAGGAUCAAAGGAUUUGUGGAAAUCGUUAUUAGGUUAGGAAACCCAUGCAUUACAAACAAGACUAAAUUAAUAGAGAAAGUUAGUGUACACAGAUGAUUUAGUUAGGAGGAUCUAAAUCUGAUUAUGUUUCUAGUAAAUUAUCAUAUUAUGCAUCUAGAAUAAUAAAACAUACUGACUGCCUGGGGAAGCCUUAUUUCCCAGUGAGGGACAUGCCCACCCCCAACACUACGAAUCAGACACACCAGAUAAGUCACAGUUUCUUUAAUCCUUGUCAAAAAAAAGGUCUGAAGAGCCAGUCAUUAGCUUUUCAAAACAAGAGUGGGCAAACGCAGUGACUAAUAAAUACCUGGGUAAGUACGCUGCUAGGUCUCUAUUUUCUCAGGUAAUAUGGUAUUUUACUUAUAUAGUAAAUAUAAUAAGAUGCUUCAGCACAGAAGGGUCAGUCAUUGAAAAGAGAGAAAUUAAAGGAACACAAGUUUCUUAAGACCCAAAAGCCAAUUUUUAUGACAUAGGUAUGUCUGUAACAGACAAAAGACAUUUUAGGUUCAUCAAUAAUAGAAAUGAAGUGCCCCUGACUUUGCAAUGCCAGACCAUAGCAGAAAGCUAUUAACAGCAGAGAGGCAGCUCAACAGCAUGUGCUUAUAAAUCAGUGUUGAUCAGCCCAAUUGAAUAACCUCAGAUAACAAAAAGCAGCUUUUAAAGAGUAAGCAUGUGUAAAGGAAACACGAGCAAAGAAAGGCACUUCUGUCUUGUCUCUGGCAUGAAGGCACAGACCAUUUGUACUCCAAGAGAGACAAAUGGGUUAAAUCAAGCUUCAGCAUUUAAAUGCUUAUAAUUCCCUUGCACUGCAGAACAGCUUUUGGAAUAUGGGACUAAAACAUCUAGCAUUAAAAAUCUCCUAGAGAAUGUAAGUUGCAGCGUCAAGGAAAAGUGAAAACGAUCUGUAAAAACCCUCAAAUUUUCACUUAAUGAUCAUACAAUUUUUAUACUAUUCACCUAUCACGGUGCAUGAACCGAGUAUGUAUCAUUUAUCAAAUAAGAGCGAGAGCCUGUAAAGCUUCCUGUCUGCCUUUGGAUUUAGUCAAAAUGAAUGCAAACAAUCACGUGGGAUUCAGCCAAGCAGUGACGUUAAAUUCUGCUCUGUCAGAAGACAGCAUCUGUCAAAGCCCACAUUUAAACUGCUGCCUGCCCGUGCAGCAGCUGAAGAACUCCGGAAUGGAUUUUAUCCACCACAAUUCUGGGUUAAAACAACUCCAAGCCGUUUCUAUUACCGCCUAGCAACAAUGAAGGAAGGAGCGGAGGGAGAUCCUAUUACCGAAGCCAACCGAGGCACUUAGGCGCUAGCACUCCCCGCUAACAUUUCCAGCAGAAAUAUGGAUCCCGAGGAGAGCAGAGCACAGCCCUGCAUUGUCCGAGCUGCGAGGCACCGGCCGUGAGAGCCCCAGCGCAGCGGCUGCGAGCGCAGCAGCCGGCACCGCUGUCCUUUGUCUGCAGCAUGAACAAAAAGCGGCGAGGCAGGGACGGCAGCGGCCAGCGGGGAAGGUAACGCGGCCGCGGGGGCAGAUGGACACAGCGAGCCCGAGCGCGGCGGUCGCAGCAAGCACGGCUGCCGGGGGAUGUGCGCAUGGUCCGGAGCAUCUUAUUUUGCUGAAGCGAUGGCGCGCCCAAACUAUUUUCUGUGGGUAUAAUCCUGCACCAUAAAUGGCCUGACCGAGGAAGAGUGAGCCAUUUGCAGACAAUUGCUCUACUCAAAGGAAAAUGAAUACCAAAGAAUAGCAGUGGAUUCUAAACCAAUUGGAAAAGCCUUUUCCUUGAGCAUUGUCUCAUAUCCCAUCACUGGAUCCUUACAACAUGCUUCAGUGGAGAAGACGACACUGCUGCUUGGCAAAGAUGACCUGGAAUACCAAAAGGUCUCUGUUUCGCACCCAUCUCAUUGGCCUGGUCUCUCUGGUGUUUCUUUUUGCCAUGUUUCUGUUCUUUCACCAUCACGACUGGCUGCCAGGCAAGGCUGGAUUCAGAGAAAGCCCCAUGUCUUACACCAUACGAGGAUUUAGAUCUACAAAAAGUGAGACCAACCACAGCUCUCUAAGGAACGUGUGGAGAGAUGCUGUGCCUCAGACACUCAGGCCUCAGACAGUCACCAACCCUAACAACACGGAUCUGUCCCCACAGGGAGUAACCGGUUUGGAAAACACCCUCAGUGCCAAUGGAAGUAUUUACAACGAGAAAGGCACUGGGCAUCCAACUUCCUAUCAUUUCAAAUACGUCAUCAACGAGCCCGGCAAGUGCCAGGAAAAGACCCCUUUUCUAAUACUGCUCAUAGCUGCAGAGCCAGGCCAGGUGGAGGCCAGACAAGCAAUUCGACAGACCUGGGGCAACGAGAGCCUGACACCUGGCAUCCAAAUUGUGCGGAUUUUUUUGUUGGGCUUAAGCACCAAGGUAGAUGGAUACCUCCAGAGAACCAUCCUUGAGGAAAGCAGACAGUACCACGACAUCAUUCAACAAGAAUACUUCGACACCUACUAUAACUUAACUAUAAAAACUCUGAUGGGAAUGAACUGGGUUGCAACCUACUGUCCACAUGUUCCAUAUGUUAUGAAAACUGAUAGCGAUAUGUUUGUCAAUACUGAGUAUUUAAUACACAAGCUUCUGAAACCAGAACUUCCUCCGAGGCACAGGUAUUUUACAGGUUAUUUAAUGAGAGGUUAUGCACCCAAUAGGAACAAGGAUAGCAAGUGGUAUAUGCCACCCGAUUUGUAUCCAAGUGAACGUUACCCUGUAUUCUGCUCUGGAACUGGUUAUGUUUUUUCUGGAGACUUAGCAGAAAAAAUCUUUAAGGUCUCCUUAAGCAUCAGACGUUUACAUUUAGAGGACGUGUACGUGGGGAUCUGUCUCGCCAAGCUGCGGAUUGACCCCAUGCCCCCACCCAACGAGUUUGUCUUCAAUCACUGGCGAGUUUCUUACUCCAGCUGUAAAUACAGCCACCUAAUUACCUCCCAUCAGUUCCAACCUAGCGAGCUGAUCAAAUACUGGAACCACUUACAGCAGAACAAGCACAACGCCUGCGCCAACGCGGCCAAAGACAAGGCCGGCAGGUACCGCCACCGCAGGCUGCACUGAGGGCCCCGCGGCACGUGUAAAUAAACAGCGCUCCACGCAUGGACAGGGAGCACGGGGCAGCCCCAGCUCUGAGCCCAGCACACACUGCAGGAGGGAAAUUAUUUUUUUAAGUUAAAAAAAAAAAAUUUUAGCUCGUGAAUAUGAUGAAAUGAUAACCAAAAGGUUUUCCCAGCGAAUUCGAGAUUAAGAAAAAACAAAUGACAAGAUGGUAUAUAAGGAUUUCUGUGUUAACAUGCAAUAAUAAGCAUGCACACUUGGGUGGUACAAUUGCUGAAUCAUGUGCCAGUACAAUAUAAUUGAGCAUAUUUUCCACACUACAAUUUUUAAUUUAAGGAGUGCAUUCACAGCUAUAGUUCUCUUCCAUGUAAUUCCUUAUUAUUAAGUAAUUUCUUUCCAGAACAGCUAUAAAAUCAAAAAUUAAAAACUAAGGAAUUGCACGAAGGGCAGCUCAGUUUUACCUUCAAAUGCCACAUGACAAUUAUUAUACACUCCUUUAAUGUACCACACAUUUACCAAUGUCACAAUUUAGUAAGACACUACCAAUAAAAUCUAAAGCACUAAGAAUGUACUCCCUGAAGUAGGUCCAGUUUUCACACGUUUGCUUAUUUGGUUUGGAAGGAGAGAUAAAUGAAAUCAAAGUUGCAAAGUUGCUUUGUACAUUGCCUUCAGAAAUGCAAGUGGUGUUCUGGAUGCAACUUUCAGUCCACAAAGAGCUGACUGAAAGUUACUUCAUUCUCUAGAAGUCACAGGGCAAGCUCCUAAGAUCUGAUGCCAAGUAACAUUCAUUCCACUUGGAACCUUCAUGCAAAUUCAUUGGAUCUGCUAUUAAUUUCCCUACAUAACUUCAAGGUAACUCAAAGGCUGACGAGAAAUGUAAAACACAAGUUCCAGUCUUGCACCGUUCUCGACAAAAUUUCAUUUUUUGCAAAGCGGGAGAAAAUUAAUCAAACGUGUUGUUUUGCUCUUUCCUGUCUGACAAAAUGCAAGGGUCAGCCAAGUGAAAGCACAUCUGCUGGAGAAAACGAAGCCCCACACCUGAGUUUAUAGGUGGAGAAAACUAGGUCACAAUAAGAUUGAGAGUUCCAGCCAGCAAGAUGGGCAGGAACAAAGCCUAAGCAAUUUAAAGUCACAACACGUACCACUGAAAAUAAAUUGUGAGAAGUGGGUUAAAUCUAUUUACAGGUUUGCAGUUUUCUAACAAACAGAACUUUUAAAGCUUAUUUUCCAACUGUUACAGCAGAGUUGUAUCAAAUUCAGGUUAUUACUGCUUGUCACAGUGCCAGGGUAAGCAAUACCCACCUCUGAUCAUCAGCAAAUGAUCAAACUGCAAUUAGUUUUCUGUUUGACUGGGACUUAUUAAUUGGAGAAAAUACAAAACUUUGAUGUACUUUUAUUAUUUAAUAAAAUUGAUUAUAUUUAUGGUCUUAAGAUUUUACUUUUUCUGGGAAAGCUGCUCAGGGAGAAAGAAAUUUCUAACUUCAGCAUUACUAGGUUUCCCUAGUCCUUGAAGCCUGGUUUUCAUGCACAGUACAGAGAUCACAGCAGGGUUUUCUCCUUUGUAAUGAGAAGACAAAUCAUAUUACUGACCAUUCUCAGCAGCUCUUGGGCUGUCUGUCUGCAGCAGCUCUCACAUGUGAGCAGACUGCAAGGCACUGGGUGCACCUCUGAAGCAAUUUCAGCAGGUCCCCUGGAAGGUGGAGAUGGGAAUUUGCUCAACACCUUUUUUUUUGUGAUCUUCUACUAAAUUUUUCCUCUGCUGUACUUAGGGUGUGCCAAUUGUACAUUUCUGCAUUUCCAGCACACCUCAAAUCAUAUAAAUGUCUAGUUUUGGGGAAAGCAAAUACCUGUAAAAGUAAUAACUCUCUUCUGCAGAGAUUUCUCUGACUAAAUUGAAAGUUCAUACACUCAGUUUACAUGAUUCCUGUUGGCAUUCAUGUGAGAGAGCUGCCCUGGACAGAUGUUUUGGGAGCGUGCUUUAGCCCCCAGUGCAGUUCUCCCCGCUCGGUGUGCUGCUGGCUCCCAGCUGACAUCCAGCUGAAGGCACCUGGCUGAAGGUCACUGGAGGCAGGCUCUGCACUGCAGCGCUAGCUCUGGACUCCCAGAGGGAGUGCGGGAGGCCGGCUCCUGCAGGGGCCUGAGCUGUGGAACAUGUCCAAUGCCAUAAGUGGCCCCUCCCCAGGCAGUGCUGGCCAAGGACACAAUCCAGCCUCCUGGAGAGGACUCCAGCGCUGCUCCCAGCCCUUGGCGCUUCCCAGCUCCACUGUGAUGUACUCCAUUUUACCAACUCCGGCUAAUCCUAAAUGCUCUUCUGGCUCCUGGGUGUAGUCCAAGAGGUUAAUACUAAACCUUAAAUAGUUUGGCACUGGAAUCAUCAAGUUUGGCAGCCAAACCACCUCUUGGGUGCUGGGCUUUGGAGCUCCUACUCGAUGUUGAUCUGCCCGAGCUUGGCAGAACCACGGCACAAUGCCCAUGAGUUCAGCAUACCAAACCUCCUGCUACUUACAAGACUAGUGAGAAGCUGCAGAAUGCUAAAUAAAAAGCCAUUCUUAAUGCCCUUUUAAGGGUCCAACAUGAUUUUUUAAAUUUGUAUUGAUGUUUGGGUGUAAGUUGAAACUACUCUAUAAACAUACUUGAAUCCUUAUCAAGAUGGUCAAAGGCUACUAAAAGCAUUUGCAUCCAAGUACUGUUUUCUUGCACAGUUUGUUGCAAAGCUUUCAGAAACAAAAGGGAAUCAUUUUGUAUGAUGAAAUAUGCAAUUACAGAAUGAACGCUCUACAUUCUUUUCUCUGAAUGUUUUGCUGUUUUCUAGCUUGUGUUUAAGCUAUUUGCUCACUCUACUAGACUAUAAAAACAGUUCAUGUUAAAAAUAGUGCAAUAAUUAAUUAUAUCAUUAAAAGCUUGGACAAGUUCUCUCACUUCCUUUCCCCAUACAGCAAGAAAAAAAAGCAUUUUUCAUGAGCAAUAGCAUACCAACUUGUAGCUAAAAACUCUAACAUGUCUGCGAUGCAGCAAAAAAAAAAAGGAUAUAACUAUUCAUUGAAUACAGAAGUACAAGAGUUUGUAUAAUAGUUGCUUUAAAUGUUUUUACUUCUCUGUAUGUCUGCUUCAGGUUGAAAAAAUAUAAAAAGUCAUAAUGGCUCAAAAGUUAUGAUGGGAGAAAAAAAUCCUGACAUCAUCAGCACCAUUAUUAUGGCAAAGAAAAAUCUUAGAAAAGCUGGCCUGGUAAUAAGAACCAGAAAUUGGAAAAUUUUCCCAUAUUUAUUUAACUUUCAGCUUAAUAAAGAUUUACACAUGGAUACUAUAGGACCACAAUGAAGUCCCACAAAAAAAAAAGUUGUUAUUGAACAGAACUGUUCCUUUCACGUCUCCAGUUAAAUCAGUGGUACAAGACAUUUGCACAUCCCACACCAAUAGAAUUAAGAAUGCAAAAACGUGCAACUACAGCUUUUGGUGUAGUAGGACUGAUCCCAUCCUCAGUCACUGAGAGAUCUUUCAUGGGUAAAGUCUGCAGUCAUUCUAAAUUUUAAAAAUUACAUGUCAAGGUACUCCCAAGCAUCAGUGGUUGUUCUGAGAGAAAAUUCAGUGCCCACUAAGAUCUUCACUUAAAUUUAUAAACUUAAAUUAUGGGAUGGCAGUGAUCUAGAAGAGAUGAGACAGACUGCUUUUCAGGUUAACCUUACUAGAACAGCAAUUUAGAAUCUGCUUUUCUUUGCAGUGCAGUAAUAUUAAACGUGUCAGUCCUCAUUUACAAAAUAUUUUCAGAAUAUAUCAACAUGUUAAGACAUGCAUUAACAGUCUCCAAGCCCAGGCUAAAUCAGGCACUGGAGGGGAGGGAAGCAUCCAAAGGCCAUUACUUUAGACUGCCUCCCUCUUCCCACUUAUUUUCCUGAUAUGUUAACACAGUCCCUAAUCAUACAUCAAUCUAACAUACCUACAUAAUCCCACAGGGCAAGAAAACCUUUUCCCUUGAACGAAUGCUCAUUGCAAUGCAUGGAAAGUUCCUAGGAGGAAAUGAAAGGGAGAGGGAAGAUGCUAAUAUAGGAGCUACUGCUUCUUCCAUUUGUGCUCUUGGAAAGAACGGGCUUGUAACUCAUUGGCAAAAGCAUCACUUGUUGCCAUAUUUUCCCAAUUUUAGAUGCUAUUUCUCAAUCCCUCUUUUGCUGUCCUGUAGCACAAAUAAGCAAAUAUUGGACGAUCACUCAGUUACACUGUGAGAACUGCACCUCUCAAUGAAGAGCAUUAUUGUCCUUUUCAUUUCAGAUUGUCCUUCCAAAGCAGGAUGUGACUCGGGGCACAGUAUCACCCCCCUUGCUGAGCACAUGUACUGGCCGUGGCACUGGCUGUUCUUCCUGCAGAUCCCUUCUCCAGCCCAUCCAGCCCUGCCUGCCUUCCCCAGCACUCCAUGGGCAGCCCCGGGGAAGGAGGGAGGCAGGGAAGCUGCAUGACCAGCUCUGAAAUGCUGCACUGUGCAAAUGUAGGUCAGCAAGGACAGGACGUGGGCUCUGCUUUGUACCAAGAGCGAAGGCAAAGGCUUUCCAGGGCAGGAGGCUGGGGGAGGGCUCUGGAAAACAACUUCUUGCAGCAAGCCAGUGAAAAAAAGGAGCUUGAACGUCAGAAAACAGGAGAGUGAAACUAAAAAUGCACAGCUGAUCAACACCACACAGGUUGGAAACGCAGGGCAGGCUCAGUGGCAGGGAAAAGCGUCACAAAAGUGAGGCCAAAUGAGAAAGCAGGAUCUGGAAUUCUAGUCAUAAGUGUUCACACUUCUGCACUUAGGGAAAAUUUACAUAUGAGAUAAAUCCAUUCUUCUAACAAAAUUUUUCAUUUCUGACUGCAGUGCAUAUGUUUUUUAAAGCCCAAACCAAAUUCCAAGUCAUGACACCAUGGCAUGAACAGCAGAUCAGUAACUCCACAGAGAGUACUUUACACAUAGUACACAAGCAAAGCAAAUGGGAUCACUUGUGCCUAGGAUUUGUAUUUCAUCUUCACACAAAGAGUUAAAUUCAGCCUUCAUUUGUUCCAGCUCAAAAGAAACUGAGCCUGGUACAAUAUGGUACCUUCCUUUCACAGUUAAAAGACUGCAAAGGAAUUUAACUGAAUAUGGGAUAUGGAUGAACAUUACCACGUUGCUUUUCUGAUAUUGCCAUGGCAACAGUUACAAGAGCUCUCUUAAGCAUUAAAAUCUGACAGUUUUCCUGAUAACACUAACUGAAUGAUAGUAAUGAUGCAUUUUGGUUCAUGAGCUAGCUGCUCUAUAACCACAGGGUACCAACCAUUCCCUUCACUUUUCUCAAGACUGUCCUUCUGGUCAAAAUGUUCUGACCAAGACAGUAACCUUGAAUUACCACUCAAAAAAAAAAAAAAAAAGUCCCCCCAGUUCAGGGAGUACUCAUGGCUUAAAGCUUUAUAUAC